GUCAAGGUACUCCCAUAAAAGUGAUACACAUGUUUAAAUUGACAUAUCGUUGUAUGUUGCAAGUUCCCUCACUCUCGUCGAAAAUAAUUAAAAGAACAUUAUUGCUCUUGAUUAGCUGAUGAAAGGUUUACCAACAGCACUUGUAUGAGAUGCUUUUGUUCAGUUUUGAUAUUAUUUGGUUAUUUUUGCGAGGUUUUAAUAUUUGUGUAUGUUCGGUAAUCGACAAUGUUGUGAAAUUUAGCAAGUUUUUUAUUCAUUAAUGUUUUUUUUAAAAGAUGAGAAAAUAGCAUUGCGAAUUUCAAACUUCAUAUGUAACACAUCAUCUGCUACCCAGGUACUUUAUGUAUUCUGUUAAGACUACAUUAGUACUGUGGGAAUACUGACUGACAAAAUCUUGUGUUCAUGAAUAUAUUCAUCAAUAUUAAACAGGUAGGGAUAUCCUUUAAUCUAAUUAAUAUGCAAUUAAUUGGUUGCCAUUAUGCGGGCAUAUAUGUUAUACUAUCAUAUCUUUUUAACUCUCUUUCAGGAGGUCAUAGAACAGAGUUUAUGGUAUGAGAUCGAAAGGAUUGAUAAAGAAACGUCCAAAACAGAUGAUAUCAUCAUCCAGCUUGUGACCCUCGACUACGGAAUGAAGGAUAAGAAUCCUAUCGACAAUGUGAUGUUCUAUAGCAAAAAAACGCCGAAUGAAGCCGACCCCAUUAGUGAAGAUCAGAAGCCAAGUUUCAUCCCUGGUCACUUCAAGGAGCAACAGAUACGAAUCUACUCAAAGGAGAAGGAUGCAAAAUUCACUGAGAUGGUCCGAGAGGCGUCCAAUAGCUGGUUUAAGAAAUUCUUGGAGAUAUACUCUCCAGAUGAAAAGGUCAAGCCCACUAAUAAAUAGCAGCAAUGGCACCGAGGGGUAAGACGGUCAUCCAAAUGGGACUUUGACCACUAGCAAUGAAACAAAUGUCAAAUUUCUCACAGAAAGACAGUUACAGGAACAUAAUUGGACAGCAUUUUCAGAUACAUUGUUUGCAACAUAAUUCUCUUAAUUCUCUAAUGCUUUAUGGCUUUGUUCACAGAAAAUCAACCAGUUCAAUAUUGGGGUUACAUAAACACAGAUAAAAUGAAAGUGUUUGAACCCAUAAUGGUUCUUUAGGAAGUACUGCCAUUUCUAACUUUUGAUCAUUUCUUAUUGAUAACACCUUAUAAUAUAUGGAUACAUAGACAAUCUAUAUUUAAAUGGAAUUAUUAAAACCCUAUUGAUGUAAUAAUUGUUUCAUUUUUGUAUUUGGCAUGAAAAUAUAUCCGUUUAUAAAAUUGCAAAAAAAUGUUUUUUUUUAUUCAAUUUUGUUAUAUUUAUACAACACUUUUACUAUUUUAAACAGUUCAUUGUCAGUCUGCAAUGGGUGUGCAUGUUUUUAUAUAAAGCACGCGUUUAUUUGUAUUUUGAUAAAAACACACCUAUAAAAUGGGGUCUAUCUAAGUUUAAAUUCAAAAUUGUCAUGUUCAGGUAAUGCAAUAGUUCAUCUCACUUAUAGGUAAUUUUAAAAUGGAAAACCCCAGAUGCAUGUUAAAAAACAUGUUAUGUUAAACAAACUGUCAGUUUCACAUGCUUGUUAGAGGUAGUUGUUUGUGUAUAGUUGUUUGUUGGUGUAUGCUUUUUUCUUUGGGAAGACGAUACAACUUUUGUUUAGUGUUUUGUUACAAUGACCAUUUUGUUUACAACAAAGUAUGUUUUUGUUUUAUGCUUUUCUUGUUCUUGUUUAGCUUUUGUUUUUCAAUCUUAAAUGUUGUCUUGUAUGGAUUCAAUAAAAUUGUUGAUAAAUUCAAAACCUCUUUUAGAUAUACUGAUGAUAUAAGUUUGGAUAAUCCGGUGUUUACAGAUAAUAUUAAAUCGACAUACCCUUCACAAUUGCAACUUAAUAAAUCUAAUACAUCCAAUUAAAAGCAUCCUAUUUAGAUCUGCAACUCGAAGUAAAGGAAGAUAAAUUGAGUAUCAAUCUUUAUGAUAAACGUGAUGAUUUUGAUUUUAAAAUAAAGAUGGAGAUGUUCCUAGUUCACCAUCAUAUGGUAUUUUUAUUGCACAGUUGAUAAGAUUCGCUAGAAUAUGUACAGAUGUAAAAAAAAUGCAGCUCUCGCAGUAAACUUAUGACGGAAAAACUUCUUAAACAGGGUUUCAGAUAUUAUAAAUUAAGGAAAACUUUCUCAAAAUCUGUUAAAGGUCACUAUAAUAUUAGAUAAAAAAAAAACAAUAGUAGUCUUAAAUCGCUGAUUGCUAAUAGUAUUGCUCAUCCCGAUUUUUAUGGUGAUGUUUUGAAAGAAAAUUCGUAAAAUUAAAAUUAAUCUUUUAAGCAGGUAGUUGGGCACACAGACUCAAUGAAUUGCUUCGACUGAAUUUAAACCCUGGAUAUAAAGGCAAUACUCUGAACAGUGCUUGUCUUCUAGUUUUUGAAGAUGAGUUCCUGAAACAAAAUAUAGAAUUGAAUAUAGCAUCCUUACAUAACUAAGCUUUCAGUCCUAUGAUUUUAUGAAAAAAAUUCAGAUUCAUGUUAUCUUUGAAACUGUCUUUGGCUGGAUCGGAAUGUUCCGGCAUGUGACGUCAUUUUCUUCAAAUAUUUUACAUAUGUUAUCAUUUGGAAGAAAAGAUUAGCUUAUAUAUGUCGCUUCUAUUUUAAAUAAUGUUUUCUUUAUUUGUUCCCAGUUUUAGUACAAUGAUGUUUUUAUUAUGAAACUCUAUGAUAAAACAGUUUUAAACUUUUUUUUAUUUUCUAAGACAGACUGUGUGUGAUGCUCAUAGUUUCAAACAAUGACUGCAUCGUAUAUUUGAAAAGUUUUUGCAUAAGGUACUCUGAUUUGUAUUCCUCCAUCUGCAGAUAAAGUUGGGAUCUCUAAUCAUUGAAGUACUUGGGGUUUACCUAUUAAUUUAUUAUUUGUCGUAUUAUUAAUCUUCCUCAAGUUAAUGCAUACUUAAGAUAAGAUUUACCUUUUUUCUUUAUUCAGGAUUGUUGGGAUAAGAGUGAAGUUUGUGCUCGUAAACUGGUUUAAACCACCAAUAAAUUUACAUUUUAAUAACCGUUUUAAGGCGGUACCCAACCAUCCUUGAUAAACAUACCUAGUUUCUUUAUAUAAUAUAUAUGAACUGUGCUGUUGUUCCAUGUUUCUUGUUUGUUCCUUUUUGUUUUUGUGUUCUACGUCAUUGGCGUUUUCCCUAUGCCAUAACAAAGGGGUUAUGUUAAAACAUUUGGCUACUGAGCUUGUUUCUGUAGUUUUUUACAUAAGUAUUCAAUUCUGGGUGUGUUUUGUUGUGUGAAUAUUAAUUUUAAUGAUUGCUUUGCUGAUUUAUACUUUAAUUAUGUUUGCCAUGAAUGCACAAGGGUGGGUGGGUGGUGUCCACUUAGUUUAUUCUUCCCUAUUUACUUUUAAAUUUGGAGCUUAAGUUGUUUACAAAUUUACCUUUAAUUUUAUCAAGUUUUUAUACAAUAGUGGGAAUAAUAGUAAAAUAAUUUGUUAUACUUUGUAUCCUACCCUAUUCUACCAUUCUACUGUAUUGUUCCUACAAACAUCCGGACUUGGGGAGUGGAGGUCAUAUCCCCUGAAAUAAAUUCAUAUUAUUUUAUUCAU